AUGGAGUCUUUCGGAUUCUUGUUUGAUGAAGAAUGGGAAAGUUUGAGAAGAAUGUUAUCUGAUGAUCAAGAUUCCGGCCACUUUUCCGGCCAUGGUUUACUUUCGUGUGAACAAGAUCGUGGUUUGAACUUUGAAACUCAUUCCAUUGUUUCAUCUAUUAAUAACUCAUCGUUCAUCAACGAUCAUGAUUUAUGUUACGCUUCUGAAAAUAUCAACCCUAAUCUCUGCCAUUACUUCUCUCAUGAAAGUAACGACAAUGGAUGUGUUGCUUAUGAUGGUGCAGUCUCUCUUCCCUACCAAUCUUCUAAUACUAUUCCUUUACCAAUAAAUGGUGUGUGUAAUAAUCAUCAUGAUUCGGUUUAUCUCUAUGAUGAAAACGAUUAUAACUCCUCAUUACUAGCCCAAGUUUUUUCCGAUGAUUCUAUGGAAGAAAUUCUAUGCUCGAGACAAGAAGUCAACAUAGAGAAUACUGUUGAUCCAACUGCGCCAAUUGCUGAUAAGCACAAGCACACGCCCUCCAAGAGAAAGAUUGAAAUCCUCGAAUUGCCAAAUGAAGUGGAAGACAAAGUCAAUGACGAAAAAAUCAAUGAGAAUCCCAAGAAGAAAACUAGGGUUUCAAGAGAUAGUAAAAAUAAGAAGAAAGUGCAACCAAAGAAGAAACAGAAAGUGAUGACUACUAGUGUAAAUGACAAUGGAGUUGAAGGAGAAGAUACAAACAACAAUAAAGGAGGAGGGAAUGCACCCAUCGCUAGUUCAAGUUCUUGCAGUUCUGAGGACGAUUUGACUGGAGGUGCAGACAACUCGAACUGGAAAACUAGAGCCGGUAGAGGUGCAGCCACCGAUCCUCAAAGCCUCUAUGCACGGAAAAGAAGAGAGAGGAUAAACGAGAGACUGAAAGUCCUUCAAAACCUUGUGCCAAAUGGGACGAAGGUUGACAUUAGCACAAUGCUUGAAGAAGCUGUCCACUAUGUGAAGUUCUUGCAGCUUCAAAUUAAGUUGCUAAGCUCAGAUGACAUGUGGAUGUUUGCUCCAAUAGCAUACCAUGGGAUGGACAUGGGUCUCUACCAGAAACUUUCACAAUCUUAAAAUUAGGAACAGUUUUGUUUCAUUGUCAAUUACUUAUUAAAUAAAAGUAAAAUGACAAAACAAAACUUUAUACACAUAUAUUCUGAC